UUAGUGUUUACGUAUAUAAAACAUCCGAGCGAAUACGGGCCUUGUUCGAAAUUAAAAGUAGAGUGAGCAACGAGCUGCCAGUAUUUGGGGUCACGUACCAAGUGUUAUGCAGUUUUAAUAACAAAGGUUGGGCUGAGAUACACGGCCGCUCCGCGCUGCCUCACCGCCGUACCGCCUCUGUCUCGCCAAGCAUUCAUAGAAUUUACAAAGCUGGUAGUGCAGUUUUUUGCGACGAUUACAAGGUCGACUGCACUAAAGAAUUUGUUAGUGAUUCAUCAAGCAGAGCGAUGGCAGUGCUGGUGUCGCGACAGCUGCUGCGGCUGCUGGUGGCGCUGCACGUGCUGCAGGCGGCCUGCGCUGCGCAGCCGGCUGGCCCUGCUCUACCGCACUACGGGCGGACCGCAAACCUCAGUGGCGGAGAAGGUUUUGAUUUCAUCAUAGUCGGCGGCGGCACCGCCGGCUGCGUGCUGGCUAACAGGCUCACGGAACACGAGCGAACCAGUGUUCUGCUCGUCGAAGCCGGGGGGGACCCGCCCUACGAGUCGAUGUUUCCAGCCUUGUUUCCUGCGAUGUCGGGAAGCCGAGUCGAUAAAAAUUAUACGUCAGAAAACGAUGAGAGGACGCAGCAGUGCCACAGGAACCGCGUCUCCAAUCUGACGAGCGGGCACAUGCUGGGCGGCAGCAGCGGCCUCAACUACAUGCUGUACGUACGCGGCGCGCCGCCGGACUAUGCGCGCUGGGCGGCCGCCGCGCGAGACCCAGCAUGGUCCUGGCCUGGCGUGCUAUCCUACUUCAUUAAGAGUGAGAGACUUGAGGACCCCGACUUGCUAAAUUCCCCUUACAAAAUAUAUCACGGAACGGACGGGUACAUGGGCGUCACGAGAGAAAACCGGAGUGAAAUAAAUAAAUUUUUGGAGGCUUUCUAUGAGAUGGGGCACGAGGUUUUACUGGAUGUGAACGGAGAUCGCCAUGUAGGAUUCACUAGCCCGUUGUUUAACAUCGCCGACGGCGUGCGCCAGAGUGCGGCGUACUCAUUCUUGGCUCCCAUCGUUCAACGCAAAAAUCUAUUUAUUCUCAAAAAUACAUUAGUUACCGAAGUCAUACUCGACAAGGACAAUAAUGCUAAGGGUGUUAAAGUUAAAACCCAGCGAGGAACAUUUUUAUCUUUUGUAGCGAGAAAGGAAGUCAUUUUGUCGGCCGGGGCUUUUAGAAGUCCUCAGUUGCUGAUGCUGGCGGGGAUCGGGCCCAGAGAUCAUCUUGAGGAGCUCGGAAUUCCGAUUAGAAGUAAUAUACCGGUUGGAUUAAACUACCAGGACCACGUGGCUACUUUUAUGUCGUUCAAAAUGGGGGAAUCUGUUACGCCCUCCGCGCCCCCUGAUAAGCAUUUAUUUCCGUUACCCGCGUUCGUCGGCUAUGUGGCUCUCGACAAGCACCACAAGCAGCCUGACUACCAAGUGGUUAAUUUUGUCGUCCCCCACGAUUCCGACUUUCCAUUUAACUUGUGCGCGGUCGGCUACUGGUUCGAUUAUGACAUUUGCAACAAUCUUCGUAACGGCGGCAUGGGUAAGAAUACGCUUUUCUCGACGUUAAACAUUCUGCACCCGAGGUCGCGGGGGAGAGUAAGGCUCCGCAGUAGGGACCCCGAGGACCCUCCCGCCGUCCACACGGGGAUGUUUUCGGACGAACGUGACUUAGACGAUCUAGCUAAGUAUUUGGAGGAUCAUGCGCGUAUCGUAAAUACUACGUAUUUCAAAAGUGUCGGUUCUGAGAUAAUAGACUUGAAGUUGGAGAUGUGCCGCGGGCUGCGGCCAUGGAGCGGGCCGUAUUGGCGGUGCUACACGCGCUGCGUCAUGAACACGAUGUACCACUACGCAGGCACGUGCGCGCUGGGCGGUGUGGUGGACGCGCGGCUGCGAGUGCGCGGCGUGCGCCGGCUGCGCGUGGCUGACGCUAGCGUCAUGCCCACACUCCCCGGCGGCAACACGCACGCUCCCGUCCUCAUGAUUGCCGAAAAGGCUGCUGAUUUUAUAAAAGAAGACCAUCGUUUAUUUUGUAAUCAAUAAAUAAUAUAAGUUUGUCAGUUGGAGAUUUCUUACGACCACAAUUUAAAAAGGAAUUCUCUGGGCUACCUGUUUUCUUAGUAAUAAGUUCUGGUUUUAAAACCCAACUGGGACCAUAUCGGCUUAGAAAAACGGCCUAUCCACUGCGGCUGUACAAGGCCGACAUUUUUACGAUAUAAAUGGUAAUAAUUAAUUUUAAAUAAGAAAUAAAACAAAAUUGGCGAAAUGUUAA